GUUUAAUUAGUUACGUGGUGGCACGAUGUCUGCUGUUAGCCUGCAGGAGCAAGCGGAAGCGGCGGAUCGAGCUCAGAUGCUCAAGAAGAUCCUGAGUGCCACAUUCUAUGCAUUAGCAUCGUUUAUGAUCACAGUGGUAAACAAGACAGUGUUGACGACCUAUGGAUUCCCCUCAUAUCAAGUCCUGGGCCUGGGACAGAUGGUGGCGACGAUUACGGUGUUAUUUUUCGGCCGGUCUCUCAAUGUAGUGCAAUUCCCGCCUCUUAACGGUGGUACCUUCAAGCGAAUCUGGCCUCUGCCAGUCAUCUACUUGGGAAAUAUGGCAACUGGGCUGGGCGGCACCAAGGAGCUGAGCCUGCCGAUGUUCACGGCCCUUCGACGUUUCAGUAUACUGAUGACAAUGCUGGCUGAGCGGUUCGUACUGGGAGUACAUGCCUCUUGCUCAGUUCAAACCAGUGUGUAUGCUAUGGUGGGAGGAGCUCUGUUGGCGGCCGCCGACGAUGUGACAUUCUCGUGGUCUGGGUACACACUGGUACUGCUCAACGAUGCUUUCACUGCUUCCAAUGGAGUGUACAUGAAGAAGAAGUUGGAUGCCAAAGAUCUUGGUAAAUAUGGACUGAUGUAUUACAAUGCUUUGUUCAUGAUAGUCCCCGCAGCUAUUAUCGCGUGGGCUACUGGAGACCUACACAAGUCAAGUGAGUACCCAAACUGGUCUGACUCACUAUUCCUUGCACAGUUCAUGAUGUCUUGUGUGAUGGGCUUUAUUCUGUCAUACAGUGUCAUGCUUUGCACUCAGUACAACAGUGCACUAACUACCACAAUCAUUGGGUGCCUGAAGAAUAUUCUAGUUACAUAUUUGGGUAUGGUAAUAGGGGGAGACUAUGUGUUUUCCUUGUUGAACUUUGUAGGGCUGAACAUCAGUGUGCUGGCUAGCUUGCUGUAUACCUAUGUCACAUUCAAGCGCAAGCCUUCUCCUUCUUACAUGCUUGUACCUACUCCUAAAGUAGACACAGUAUAGCAGUUCCGGAAAAGGAGGCCGACUCAGUGCUCUACAUAUUUAGUAUAGUAUUGAAGAUGGUGCCAAAGAUGACUGAGUGUAGCAGUGAGUAGUAUUUGUGUAAAUAUGUUUAACUCACUUGUGACGGGUUGGGGUGAGCCCCAACAUUACUCUGAGAGUAUGUAUAACGCUAAGGAUAAUUUUCCUUUGUUAAGAUUAACAAAUAAUUACAAACAGAUUGUGUAAUGUUCGUCAAACGGUCAGUGAAUGUCCUCAAGUGUUGCUAGUUCAUGCAAUAGCCACAGGUUGGUGGCUUUUUCAUUUCAUGUUUAAUAAAGUUACAAAUAGGUUUUAUAUUUUGUAUUGAUAUAUUUGCCAUUAUUGUAAAGAUGCAGUAUCUUCUAUGUUAUAGGAUUAUAUAUAGCUAUUUUCAAGUAAUGACUUAUUUAUUUUAUAAUGUUUUUUGAGAAGCAAUAUUUUUUUUCAAUGUAGUUUUUAAUGUUAAAUGUUUUAGUUACAUAGAAGUGUAACAAUUUGCGAAUAGCCUGUUAUAUUUCACUUGACAUUACAAUGUGUCUGUUAUGCAGGUAGAUAUUUUAACAAAUGUUACAGUUUUGGGUGAUUUCCUACCAGAGCAACUAAUUAUUGUAAUAAUGAUAACAUUAUUACAAUAAUUAUUGCUUAUAAAAGCAAGCAAGAAUGAAACUAUAACUACUGCUAGUAAAAUGAAGCUCAAAAGAUAAUUUAUUUCUUUCUUUAUUAUUAAAUACAUAUUAUUUACAGAUCCAAAUCUGUAGAUGUCCAAUAAUUGGCUUAGUUUUAGACAUUCUGUUACCAAAUAUGUAUAGCAAAAGUUAAAUUUUUAUAUACACACUUGCUUUCAAAUAAAAUAUAGGUACUAAUUUAAGGAUAGGAUACCAAAACAAUGGUGAUAAAUCUGGUUUUUUACUCAUGAUGCUUCUUGUUGCUUGUUAUUGCAUGAAAAUACAGGGGAUUUUAGCAAUAAGUUCUAUUAAGUAAUCUUUAUUAAUUGUAUUAAAAAACACACAAAGGUUUGGCUCCUAACUUACUUCGUAUUAGACAUGGAGGCAAGCGAAAAAGUGCUCAAUAGUAGCAUGGAAAUGUACCCAGUAUAUGCCAAUAGGCUCCUCUUACAUGGGACUUAUAACAUAAAUUGUGAAAAAUGGGUGUACAUUGUACAAUAGCAUUACAUGCCGCAAUGUGCACCUGGGAUAAAAGGCGUGGCGAUUACAUGGAGGCAAGAAAUUCUAUUGCAUAUCUACCAUUGCAUGAGAUAAUGGCCAAACACAAUAAACAGGUUCAAUUUUAUUUCAAUAUUGGUCUUAGUACCUAAUUACUUCUCUUAAUUUUCAAAUUAAAUGUAACUAACUACAGGGAAUGGGAUCUCGAUCUCGAAAGAUUUGCGUUCCCUUCAUGACUGUAAGUAACUAACAAUAAUGUAAAUCACGAAAUUUAUUUUAGUACCCUUUCGAAUAACAAAAGGCGUGGUGUAAUAAUAGUAACAAUUACUAACUGUCAUUAUCAAAAUGCCAAAGAUCACAGUAACAUAGUUAUCUACAUACAUUUUUUAUUUCUAAAAUUACAUUUUUUUCUGUAUAAAAUGUUGUUUUAAUUAAAACAAUUCAUGUAUUAAUGUUAAAAUAAAAUAAUAGCUUAUGAACUAGGUCGCACGGCGAGAUUGCUAGUAACUAGCACGAUGGUGGUCACAAUUCCCAGGUCGCGUAGAGCUAAUUAGGUUCAUUUUCUUACUUUUCAGUUAGGACACAUCUUACAUUGUUAGAUCGAGCUAAACAUAACACAUCGCGUUGCUACUCGCUGUUUUGCCGAGAACACAAUAGUCCUGCAUCAAGUCCUCGAACUUGGCCCAAGUAAAAGUUUUCGAGUGUGAGCUCACAUCGGACAUCGCAAUUUUCUAAGACACUGUCUAUCCUUUGAGGAAAAACAGUUGUGAUAUUGUUUCGUAAUUCGUUAGGAUAUAACUUUUAUUGAAUUUUAUUAAUUCGUCUCGGGUACUUUCAGUAAGUAGGAUCAGUCGAUGUUAUGUAGGCAAACUUGUUUCCCUGUGUUUCUCAACAUUGCAGAUUUUAAUAUUAAAAUAAUGGAGAGACUACUCAAGUUCUUUUCGUAUUAAUAAAUAUUUAUGGUCUGAAGUCAUCGAACAAUUACCUAAUUCAUAUUAGGAAAUCAUAAAUUCUAAGUUCGUGAGUAGUUUCACCUUGUCCUUCCGAUGAGCAAGACAAGUACACGCAUGGUUCAAAAUGCCUGCAACAACGUACUGACAACGUUGAAUUAAGACUUCCCCCAAUGAAUUACACAUCGUGAAACUGAUUAGUUAAUAGAGGUAGCUCUAUUGCAAAUAAAUAGAAAUUGAUGGAAACUUAAGCUCAAAGGUGUAAGAAUAAACACCCACAUCGGUAAAUGACGAUACAAUGCGUUUGUCCCUGUAGACACACUUGCAUUCGUCUUGUAUAAGUGUCAUGAAUAGGAACAGAUGCGUAGCGUACAGCCACUUAACCGGCAAUUGACUUACAUCACCGGUAAUGUAAUAUAAAUUGUCUGCCAUUCAAUAAACAUGGGUAUUGUUCAAUUAGAUCUGCUCUAAACAAAUCAAUCACAAACAAUUUAUAUUAUCGUUUCAGUCCUCAGACAUUGUGCUACACUGUCUCUCCAUCCACACAACAAUGAAAUGUAGUACAUGUAUAACAUACAAUACUGCCUAAAGCAAAUAAUAAUAAAAUUGUAAAUUGGUAUCUCGUGUCACGCGAGCUUUCGCUGCUGCCGGAUUUUGAGCUCUAGAGCAACUAUUUGUUUGUAGUUUCAAACUCGUGAAAUAAUAUAAGUAAGCAAUUAAUACAGGUGAAGAUGAGAUGGAUUCCAUCAAUAAUCAUGUUCACAGACAGUCUGGUAUUAGUUGGUUAUACCUCACUAAUCAUUAAAAAACAAAUUAAGAUCCCUUGAACGGAACUAUACAACUAAAAAUACAUGACGUCACAGGUUUUCAUGUACAUAUAACUUUCUUAAAAUAUACAAUAUACUUAUCAUGUAAUAAGAGGGAUGUGGUUUACCAAGGUCCCUUAGCUUAACUUACAAUUAGCUAGCUAACGAGGCUAUUUGUUUAUUGUAGAUAACGAGGUGUUCACUCUAGUCAUCACAUCCAUUGUACGCGACUGUCCGUCCGUCCGUCAUCUUGCACUACUAACUAACUGCUAGGAAUUAAUUAAGCAAACUGCAUGGAAUUAAUUAACAGCACGUUGGCUUAGAGAGCUUUAGAGCUUACUGUACACCUUAGUGGUUAGUUGAAGCGCCAUAGCCGUCAUUGGCACGUGCUAUUCAAGCGCGAGCCAUUGUGUCGGCGUAGUUAGUUACCGGCGGUGACGGCGUGUUCUCCGAACCCGAAACUCCUCGACGAUUAACAACGCGGCUUUGUGUAUGUAGUUAAUUGUGAUGUCUAUGUAUAUGGUUGUAUGCAGGAGGUUUUGCGUGAAGAUUAAAAAGUAAAAUUUUUACGAUACAACAUAGGUGUUAAGAUUAUAUCAUUAUUACUAAUGCCAAUCACAUUACGAUUUUACAAUAAAAUUAGGACGGGGUCAGUGACCGCCACAUCCACAUAAACAGCGACAAGGCUGUGCCUGGUUUGUUACCGGAACCUCGGUCAAUGGAAAUUUGGUAUUCCCAUAAUUAUGUUUUACUUAGAACCGACCACAUUAUCUCUUAUGCGCAGAUCACUUAACGUUAUUUCUAAAAUGUAGGGACGACAACUUAUCGAGAUAUCUUAUCAAUUAAUAAGUACUUAAGUAUAUUUAACAGAUAAAUAAUAUUGCAUUAACGAGUUAUCUAUCCAUGUUAUAGAUUUGUAUCAAAUUAUAGUACAUAUGAAUUGAUUCUAGCACUGAUAAAUUAAUUGUUGUAUCCUUUCUUAGAACGAAUACGGAAUACUUUAUAUUAUGCUACUUCUGUAUAUAUCGCGUUGGCCUAAAUGUGUAGAUGUCAGUUCAUACUUGCCGCCUCGACCUCGACAAUAAAUUGGUUUAACGAUUGCAAUUUUUCAAUAUCCCUUGAAUAUCUUGGCGAAUGUGUCCUGCAGGCGGGAUGCGAGCGUAACCUCGAUGUGUGUGGGGAUCCUCGCGCACAAUGGCCGGCUUGUGCUAGCCUAUAAACAACAAUGUAAAAACAAUCAGGCAUUCAAGCGUCGCUGAAGUGUUGUAGGUAUUAAUUCCGUUUGUGUCAAUAGGAAUUGAUUACCGUAGAUCAUUGUCACGUCAAGCGCGAGCUCGACUCGCGCUCGCACAUAGUUGUGUGUAAAAAUGUAUCCGUGACCAACACACUGUCAAAUAGUAGCGAGCUGGUAGCUUGUAUGUAGCCACUGCCGCUGCUGCUGCCGGAGCCAUAGCUUCGUAAUACCGUGUACCUGCAACUAUCGUCAGAGCACUUCAUUUCAAUUAAUUGUACAUUUGUAUUCAUGACACGUCAGACGUCGCUGUGACUGUCUACUUCACUUAAGGCAAUUUUUUUGCGAUCUUGUGUCUAUUUAAUUUGGGACGCACGUUUAUGAGACCUGUCCCGCAUUAAUUUGUUAACCUAUUCUGAAACACUUUCUCGUACGAUCUUUUAAAUUGAACACUGUUAUUAGUCAUUUACCAAAUUAUUUGUGCUGCAUUUCAAGACGUUGUAUUUACUUUAUUUAAAUUUUGAAUCGACUUCAAUUAAUAGCACAAAACAUUUUAAUUAUGCUAACUAUUUAGAGAGACGUAGCGCGAACGGCACUUUCGAGAUUACAAGGUAUGGCUCAGAGCUAGAUAAACUAAUUUACGAUGUGAGCUUGUCCAUUGUAUUGCGAACUUUAAAACCUCGUAAGUCCCCAGCGUAAUUUCGUCGCAGACGUAUAGUUGAGACAGAGCUUCGAGCAUAUACCUAUCUAUGGUAGGUUCUGUAGGUGUGUCGCGGCGCGAUCAUUAAACUAGGUAGUUCGCAAUAUGGCUGCAUAUCUUGAAGAACUAUAGAAUGGUUGCGUACCAAUGCCGCGUCCCGAGUUAGGUACCCACCGGUUCAUCAUAGCAUUCCACAAAUUACAACCGCAGUUUAACCUCUAUUAUCGAACUUUUUACAGCCGGCUUUCAGGUCACUACCGAUCAGUGCAUUUAUUGAUAUCAUAAUUAUCUAAAAUAAAAUACUUACGCUCUGGUCAGACUUAGCAAAGUGUUAACUUUUUAAUCUAGAAAUGACUUAUGUUACGAUAAAAGUGUAAAUAAUGAACAACUACGUUGCCGCGUCCCAUGUGUUAAUACCUGGGGAGAUUACGAUCUGCCUUAAUUAUCCCGCGCGCUCCGACGUACAUACGCCACACAUAUAACUAUGUUACUACGCCACACAUAUAAUACUUACUGAUUUCAGAGAACAUUUUAAAAUUGUUGAGAACUUAUUCCCAGGAGACCCCUUUGAUGCAGUGCUUCGCAAGAACUUGUACAGAACCAGAUUUAUUACCGAUUCCCUAGCACACUUGUGCCACGAUUGCACAAAUCUAUCCAUCUACCACGCAUAACGCACACAUACAGUUAUUGAACAAUAAUUAGGUAGUACCUUUAUCAAAUUAUUUUACAAGUGCCUCGAUAAUAUUUAUAUGUACCUACUUAUUGUAAUGUACCAAUGUAUAACGGAGGUGCACUAUUUGGUACAACUUAUCGUUUGUAUAUAAAUUAAAUCGUUACAAUAAUUCAUACUUAUUACUUUUUGUAUUUUACCAAAUGUAAACUGAUAUAAUUUUUACUAUGCUAUGUACAUAAGUGAAAUUCAUGCUUUCUGGGUAAAUAACGUGGUCAUCAUAAAUAUAGUAUGAGUACUUCGAAUAGGCUUUGCACACAUUUUUGUCUAACUUUUAUUAGUUGUAUGAAUUAUGUAAAUGUUCGUAUAAUUCCAGCAAUGUCCACGCCAUAUUGAUGGAAUUACACGCGUCGUUAGGAAAGUGAUGGCGAAACAAGCAUUUUUAGUAAAUAUUGUGCUGUUUAUAGGGGUGUGGUCAAAGAAAAGCUUAGAAGGAAGAUAAAAAUAGGUGCGGUGUAAGGAAACAUCGUGCAUCUUUAAAGGACAGCAGUGGCUCCUGCAUUCUGUACCUAAUAAUGUUAGUAAUAAGUAAUCGUCCCGCUCGGAGUAAGCAAACAAAGCGAUGGACAGUUUGUCACACUAAACACACGUUACAUUGUUUUUCAUUUAUUAUUCAAUAAAGCGUUCUAGUUCUAGCGCGACGCGGCGGCGCGGCGACGCGAGCCGCACACUGCUUCGCUUUUCCAAUUUAGUGGACAUAUGAUCAAAAGGAAGAUUAUCGGUAAAAUUAUACGACAGAUUUUCACAUCAAUAUUAACAAAAACAAUUGUUCUACGCCUACGCCAAAGAAAGUGAUAUCGCACAUGAAAAAAAAAUAGAUCUCUAUAUCGACGCUGGAAAGGCAAAAUGUAUUAAGCGCCACUUUGGUCGAAAAUGAGUUAUAUAUACCGUUGGAAUCGCCUGAUUUUUCUCUUUCGAAUGGUCUAUGUAACGCCUUAAUUUGAGCACUUUGAUGGCGGUUAAUACACCGGUGAUUUUAGACAUUUUCGUAUAGUUUUUUGUUUUAAAUCCAUUCAUUUUUUGACUUUGGCUCAUAAAGCGUACAUGAUAGUAACAAACUAUUGAUAAGUCAUUUAUACCUGCUCAAGUUUACAACUAGAUUGGUUUUAAAACUCUUUACCUUUCCAUUUUUCUAAAAAAUAUCGCAAUAAAACAUUUUACAGAUUGGCAAUUAUUAUAAAAUCUAAACAUAAGUCAAUUUCCUUGCAAAUAAAAUAUAUGUUUUUUUCGUUUAAAACAUUUUACUUUUCUGCAUGUUGCAAUUAUUUGGACGUUAAAACAAUUUUAUCGAAAACAUUUUAAUACUAAAAUGGUCGAUAAUACAAUUUUACCUGAAGCUAUUCUAAUGUGUUUACAGCACUUAAAUUUAUUUACUUAAUGUAAAAUUUAUUGCAGUUGUGAGUUAAACCUACCAAAAAAGAUUGAUUAAUACCAAACUAAGGCGGUUAGACGGUAGUUCAAGACUGAUAUUCACCGAGACCGCGGCUGUUAAUCAGGGCCGAGAGCGUUGCGCGGGCGCUUCAGUCACCCAUGUGCUGUCGACAAAGGAGUUCACUUGCUGUCGCAAUACGCUGUUCGUAAAUAUGAGGAGUACCUUAGUUUGCAAACGUGCAAUGUCAAAAAGAAUUUACCAGAUACUGAUAUAGAAGAUGCUGAAUAUAGAUUUUUAUUUAUUUUUUAAUGGCUUGGAUAUGUUUCCAAAAUGUGAUUAUUUUUUAUUAUUAUAUCGUCACGCCCUUUAUCCCCGUA